CCAGCCGUCCAUUUCAAGACCCAGAGGCCAGUCACUAGGGUUUAUAAUUCAAGCUCCUUUAUAAGUUCCACUCUCUUUCAAACCCUAUUAGCCGUCUCCCCCUCCUCCCCCUCGUCCCCCUCUAACAGAUCAAGCUCCAACAAUGGCCUAUGCGAAGGCUCAGAAAUCUAAGGCCUACUCCAAGAGGUUUCAAGUCAAGUUUAAGAGAAGAAGAGAGGGGAAGACUGACUACAGGGCUAGGAUUCGACUGAUUAAUCAGGACAAGAACAAGUACAAUACGCCCAAGUAUCGAUUUGUUGUCCGAUUUAGCAACAAGGACAUUGUUGCACAAAUAACAUCAGCUAGCAUUACUGGAGAUACUGUCCUUGCUUCUGCUUAUGCUCAUGAACUUCCUCGAUAUGGGCUUGAAGUUGGUCUUACAAACUAUGCAGCAGCUUACUGUACCGGACUUCUCUUGGCUCGCCGCUUGUUGAAAAUGCUUGAGAUGGAUGAGGAAUAUGAGGGCAAUGUUGAGGCCACUGGCGAGGAUUUCUCAGUUGAACCAGCUGACACCAGGAGGCCAUUUCGUGCCCUACUUGAUGUUGGGUUAGUCAGAACUACAACUGGAAAUCGUGUCUUUGGUGCUCUCAAGGGAGCUCUUGAUGGUGGUUUGGAUAUUCCUCACAGUGAAAAGAGGUUUGCUGGCUUUGGAAAGGACAAUAAGCAGCUCGAUGCUGAAGUUCACCGGAAAUAUAUUUAUGGUGGACAUGUUGCAGCAUACAUGAGGACUUUGAUGGAGGAUGAACCUGAGAAAUACCAGUCUCACUUUAGUGAGUACCUCAAGAGAGAAAUUGAUGCUGAUUGUAUGGAGGCAUUGUACAAGAAGGUUCAUGCUGCUAUUCGUGCAGAUCCAACAACCAAGAAAUCAGAGAAGGAGCCACUCAAGGAGCACAAGAGGUAUAACUUGAAGAAGCUAACCUACGAGGAAAGGAAAGAGAAGUUGGUUGAGCGAUUGAAUACCUUCAACUCAGCUGCUGAUGAUGAAGAUGACGAGUGAAAACAUUCACCCAUCAAUUAAGCUCCGAUGUCGAUUUUCUGUGGCAGUCUACUACUUUGAGUUGUUACUUGAAACCUAGUUAUGUCUUUAAAGUUAAUUCUGUUUAUUGCAGCCUUUUGUGUCGCCUGAAGUACAACAACCUUCUCAGUUUACAAGAUCUUGAAAUUUUUAGCUUGAUAUGGAAUGCAUUUUCAAUUUUGACAUUGCAUUUUAA